UCUUCUUUUGUCCGGUUUCUUCAACAAAUACGUCAUAAUAAUGUCUCUAUUCUUCUUCCUUCUCUUAUCAUGCUUCUCCAUCUCUCACGCUCUUCCUCCUCCCCGAGGUUUCUUCUUAAAUUGUGGAUCGUCUUCUACAACGAACCUUAACGAGAUAGAUUACACACCAGACGAAGGAUUUAUCUCUGUCGGAAACACGACGACUAUAAAGCAAAAAGACCUCGUUCCGAUCCUAUCCACACUACGUUACUUCCCUGACAAGUCAUCGCGUAAACACUGUUAUAAUUUCCCUGUCGCCAAGACCUCCAAGUACCUUAUUAGAACCACUUACUACUAUGGUAACUUUGACGGUAAAAACAGCCCACCUGUGUUCGAUCAGAUCAUCGGAGGCACAAAAUGGAGCGUCGUCAAUACAUCAGAGGAUUACGCCAAGGGUCAGAGUUCUUAUUACGAGAUCAUUGUUGGUGUUCCUGGCAAGAGACUAAGUGUUUGUCUAGCCAAGAAUGCACAUACCCUCUCGUCUUCGCCUUUUAUUUCAGCUUUAGAUGUCCAAUCUCUUGAAGAUACAAUGUACAAUUCCACGGACCUCGGGUCUUACAAGCUCAGCCUCAUUGCCAGGAACAGCUUUGGAGGAGACAGAGAGAUUAUCAGCUUUCCAAAUGAUCGAUACAACCGUCUAUGGCAACCGUUUUCAGACCAGAAGCAUCCGACAGUGACUUCUCGAAGCAGUAUCAACCCAUCAAACUUCUGGAAUGUUCCACCGGCUGAAGCCUUUGUGGAAGGAUUCACAGCAAGUAAAGGGAAGCCACUGGAGCUUCAAUGGCCACCAUUUCCUCUUCCGGCCACAAAGUAUUAUGUAGCUCUGUAUUUUCAGGACAAUCGGAGUCCAGGCCCCAUGAGCCGGAGAGCUUUUGAUGUCUCAGUCAAUGGACUUUCCUUUUUGAGGAAGCUCAAUGUGAGCACUAGCGGGGUUAUGGUUUACUCUGGCCACUGGCCAUUGUCAGGUCAGACUCAGAUCACAUUGACUCCGCCCAAGGAUGCACCAGUUGGACCCGUCAUUAACGCUGGAGAAGUGUUUCAAGUUCUUCCUCUUGGUGGAUUCACUAAUAUUAAAGAUGCAAUUGCAAUGGACGAUCUGUUAGAAAGCAUCAAGAAGCCUCCAGUAGAUUGGUCGGGCGACCCAUGCCUCCCUCGUGCUAACUCGUGGACUGGUCUAACUUGCUCCAAAGACAAAAUUACCAGAGUGAUUUCUCUAAAUCUCACAAAUCUUGGACUAUCUGGUUCUCUUCCACCAAGCAUAAACAAGAUGUCUGCCCUUAAAGAUCUAUGGUUGGGGAAGAACAAGCUCACAGGACCAAUCCCAGAUUUGAGUCCAAUGACCAGAUUACAAACUCUAAAUUUAGAGGACAAUCAGUUCACUGGAGCGAUUCCUGAAUCACUUGCAAAGCUUCCCAGUCUCCGCAUACUGUCCCUCAAGAACAACAAGCUUAAAGGUACAUUUCCUAGUGCAAUCCUCCAGAGAAAGAACCUAACUAUUCAGUAAGAAUCAUUAUACCAAGUUGGUACUUUAAAAAAAGAAACUGCAUUAUUCAUAAGCAUGUUUAAAAAUAUCCUUACCUUUUGUAGGGCGUCUCCUGAGAACAUGCCAAGCACAAAUAAGACUGGCUAAAUUCGGGUUGGUAACAGCUGAUCAGAUUCAAGUGUUCAUUAUUGAUAAAUCAGGGCAUCUGCAAACUACAUGGUCAUUUUUCUUGGCCUCGGAAAUUGAAGAACACAUCACAAGAUGAAAGGGUUCGAUCAAGGAUGAUGGCAGUGGGCACAACAGUUUUUACCUUUGCAAGGUGCUUUUAGAUGACUGUUUUUAUCUCUUUCAAUUCAUGGAAAACAUGUAUAUCAUCCGUUCAUGUUAUUAAACCACCUUUGAAACCCUAGAGUAACUUGAACCAAGUGAAGCACACAAAGAUAACUGAAAUGGAUCGUGGUACCACUUUAUUUUA